CCGCAAUCUAAUCUCCCUCGCACUCACCUCACCGUCGGGGACAUCUCGGUGAGAGUUUCAACGCCGAUUAGAUCUCGCAGCGAGACUGUCUCGAUCACGUCCGCAAAACCUACCGAAGAUACACAAGCCACUCGCGACUCCAACGGCGGCGCAGUGCAGCAUCGAGUUGAGUUAAAGGGUAGUCGCCAAUCAAAUCCUCCAAUUCCAAAGAAUCCAAUUUAGAAUUGCCUAUUCGCAAAAAGAAGGAAGACCUCGGGGUUCAAAGGGGGGCCCGCGUCUAUCCGCGGACUGAGAAACGCACACCGCUUUGUCGCCCCUCGAUUCUCACUCACCGACACGGUCAAUUACCACACAGUCGCGUAUGACUCUUCAUAAGCAAUCGACAGGCCCAUUUCAACAAGAAUACCAAACAAACGCGCCGAUUAAUCCAACUUGAAUUGAACGACCUACGGAAGGUCCCUUUCCAAGUACAUUUGGUAAGUAAGUAAUGUGGAAGAGAAAGCCAAAGAGCCAACCGGCUCCUCCUCCCCCUUCGGAAGACGGCCCAGGCUCCACACCCGCGUCCGCAUCCGAAGCCAUCGUACAACCAGGCUCCGCUUUCCUAUCCGGACCCGACGCCUCGGCCCCUCCCUUGUCCUACGGUACCGAUCCUUCCGACCCGGACCCCUCCGUCCUAGCCGGCAUCGCCUCGGGCCUCAACCUCGCCCUCCCACCUGAAACCCACCCACCUCUCUCAUCCUUCCCGACUCAAGACGCAUGCCUAGCGCACCUUCGCCUCCUAACAGCCUUCAAUCGCCUCAAGACGGAAACCGGGUACUGCGAUGGCCUGUGGGAUAUUUGGGAUGCGCGGGCCAGCACUACUACCACUAAUUACAUGAAACACACCGACACUCGCAAUGACCUGGAUAUCUUGAUCAGACUCCGCGAAAAGAGGUGGGCAAUCUACCUCGGCCGCGCAGUCGACCGCUACGCAGCAUGGUGGCGAACCUUCACCCCGAACAUGCUCCUCGAGAGCGACAUGCUCACUCGGGCCCGGUAUGAAGGGUUCCCCGAGUCGAAUCCAAUGGUUUGGCGCGAAGAGAUGCUGCUACCUCUAGAUGUACUACUCGUCUGGCACGCGCACAUGCUCAACCCAAGACUCUACCUCGAGGACUGCCUCCGCUACGGACACAACUCCUUCUGGGCAGCAGGAAUCCCCUGGUCCAUCAUCAACACCGCCGUUAUCGGCCCAACUUUUGACUACGUCGUCUCGGACGCGUGCAAGGCACAUUGGGAAGCAAACACGAAUCUCGCCUGGCGCAACGAAGAUGAUCCAGACGCCAAAGAUGUCCCAUGCCCCGCGUGUUCUAAAUUUGUUCCCAUUCCGUGGACGACAUGCGGACUGCCACCGGGCUAUUCAGUUGCAAAACAACUCGAUGUCGUAGGCCAAGGCCUCGCCGACGGGCGCCUAGCCCACGCAUGCCCUUCAUGCGGAAUCAAAAUUACCCACGAGUCUCUCCGUGCUGCAAAGUUUCGCGACGACAUCCAGGCCUCGAUACAUUCCAAUCACGCCAUACCGGGAACAAUCCUCGACCUCGAUACAGGACUACCGAAACCUUUACAAUACGGCUCAGAUGAUACGUCUGGGGAAUGCCCAGACCGGCUCUUCCCCACGCGUCUCGCUCGUCGCGGGCUCUUUGCCCACAUUCUCGAAAUGUUCAAGCCCGGAAGCAAAAUGCGGCCGAGCAUGAUGGCUGUGCGAGAUGCCAUGGAAGAGAACUUCACUGGUAAAUUUGCAGAUUCGAAGAACCUACGUGAAGUAAUGAACUUUCCCGGCCACGAAGAUGUGACAACCUUCCGUCCGAGUCUAGACGGAAAACGACAGACAAGGAAGAUGAUGUCGCGGUACUGGGAGAACUCGUCGCCUUUUUCUAUUGACCUCGUAGGAUGCGUGAUGCGCCAAGCAACAUUUACCGAAAAGAUGUGCAAGCAGCUCAAAUGGCUACACUUUCCUACAACGCGGGAUAUCGUGAGAAACCUUUUAGGAAAAUACGCCCGCUUCUUCGAGAUCAUCGCUAUUACCUCGCCCACGGAGGGCAAAGUUGCCGUCCCGACACUCGACGUCGACCUCGCGUGGCACACGCACCAGCUCUCUCCUCAGUCCUAUUUCGUCUUCACACUUUCAAAGACGGGGACCUUUGUAGAUCACAAUGACAAAGUUGACGAGGAUAGACUAAGCACAGCCUUUGAGUGGACAAGUAAAAUGUACCAGGAGAGGUACGGCGAGAUCUACUCGGAGUGCAAAUGCUGGUACUGUGAAACCGUCAGGGUGAUGGCCUUGCCCACGACCAAGAUGUUCGGAAUAGGCAAGGAGGAAAAGCUUCUCGAAGCAUGGCAUGCAGCCUCCAAGACCAAUAAUGUGCCCAUGCCGCCAGCCGCCGAGUCUGCGCAUGUCUCGUCGCAUCCGGCGGUGCACACCAACGAGACGACAGCGCAGCGAACAACGAUACGUCCGUUGCGUUCUGAGUUCAGGAAUAGACUAGAAGAAACGCAUUCCAAGGCGCGCAAAAAGGCAAGCAAGACAUUCAAGGCAGACUCUGUAAAGCGCAUGGGACCUCGCGGUGAAGAUAAGACGUCAUUCUGGGGGAAAGAUAUCGCCGUGGACGGGCCUUGGGCAUCGGCCUUGGCCGCCGUGACAACGAGUGCCAUGUAUCCCGCUGGGCCAGGCUUCGUCAACAUGGGGCCCGGAGCUGUAGGCAGCUGUGCGACGGGAACGUGUGGAGGAGCUACUGGUUGCGGCUCCGAGCUGGUGGGCAUGUGCUCGGCAGGGCGUGUCGGGAGUGCCUGGUUUGGCGGAAAGGCCGGAUGUACAGGUAUGGGCGAAGGCGGAUUUGACUUCUGA